ACCGGGGAGGGGAUGAGAGGACACGGGAGAGGCGACGGCUUUAUACCGGACAUGUAUGGGGUUUUUUAAUACCUGCAAUCGAGAUGUGAAAGAGAUAAUCACAUCUGUCUAGGGAUGCGAGGCACAAUUCAUUCGUAUGCACCGGUGUAAUUCCGCGGGGGAGUGUAGGUCUUUGUAUAAUCCUUAGAGCCUGCUAGAGUAAACGAUAUUCCCACGAUGAGGCACGUUCCAGUUCAGCGCCACUUGCCGUCAUUUUCAGCCCACUUUUUGCCCCAAGGGAAACAGGACAAGCUUUUGGAGACAUGUGAUGAAGAAAAUUGGGGUGAAGAGGAGGAAGACGAGGAAGAGGAGGAGGAGGAGGAAAGACAAUUUAGGAGGUCAUGUACACCACCUCCCGGACAGAGGAAAGGGAGGAGACAAAGACUUCGGGCAUUUCGGUCUCUUUAUUUGCGCCUUUACAAGCGCUCUGUAACUUUGCCCUUCCAUUGGAAGCUGUGGGGUGGCCUUGGGGGAAGGAGGAGGAGAUUUUGGGCAAAGAGAAGGGAGGGGGGCGGUGGUUCUGGGGGAAAUGAUGUGGGAAGAGCACACAAUGCUAUGAAUUCAGAUGGAGCGGCAUUGGGAACCAAUUACUUAAGAGAAGAAGAUGCAGGUCCCUCCCUUGGUCUCCCCAAUGGAUUUUCUUCACAUCCUUCAGACCCUCAAUCCAUCCUCAUAACCAAUGUCUGCAGCAUCGGGGCCCAGGAUGGCCCUUCGCAAAAUGGUCUGCUACCACAAGAUGAUUUAACUCCACCUCCUGAAAAGGAGGUUACUCCUACACCACCUCCUGCAGCUCUGACAGAGGAACAUGUGGGCUGUGUUCAGAGUAUACUGGACCAGUUUCUUCAGUCGUAUGGAAGCCUAAUACCUCUAGCAACAGAGGAAGUUUUGGAAAAACUUGAAGAUGUUUUCCAGCAACCAUUUACUACCCCUGCAAGGAGAGCUGUAGUACAGCACCUGAUCCAUUCAUACCAACGAAUGCCAGGGAAUGCCUUGCUACGUGGUUUCCGUGUUACGUACAAAAGACAUGUGCUGAGCAUGGACGAUCUUGGAACCCUUUAUGGACAGAACUGGUUAAAUGACCAGGUUAUGAACAUGAAUGGGGAUUUAGUAAUGGACACUGUGCCAGAAAAGGUUCAUUUUUUUAAUAGCUUUUUCUAUGACAAAUUAAGAACAAAAGGAUAUGAAGGAGUAAAGAGGUGGACAAAAAAUGUGGAUAUUUUUAGUAAACAGUUGCUUCUGAUACCUAUACACCUUGAGGUCCACUGGUCUCUAGUCUGUGUGGAUGUGACAAAGCGGACCAUAACAUAUUUUGAUUCCCAGCGCACACUGAACCGGCGCUGCCCCAAGCAUAUAGCCAAGUAUCUCCAAGCCGAAGCAGUGAAGAAGGAUCGUCCAGAUUUUAUCAAUGGCUGGAAAGGACUCUUCAAAAUGAAUGUUGCAAGGCAGAAUAAUGACAGUGACUGUGGGGCCUUUGUGUUGAAGUACUGUAAGUUCCUUGCACUUGGCUACCCAUUCACUUUCAGUCGGCAGGAUAUGCCCAAACUCAGACGCCAGAUGUACAAGGAGCUGUGUCACUGCAAGCUGGUCCCAUAAGGGAUGGUACACUGCCGGGAGAGGAGUACAGACUGAGCCAGCAUCUUGCAGAGCAUCUCUCAACCAAGAGCCUAUCAUCUAGAGCCUCUGCAGAAUAAAGAACCAAUCUUGCCUACUUUCUUGAAAGGUGCUCUCGUGAGCAUCCUAACUACCCAGUGGUUGGUGCUGUGCAAAUAUUCCCAUCUGCCUGAUUCUUGCAGUGGGUGAAACAGUAAUAUGUAAAUUGAUCUAUAAAAGUACAAACUGAGAUAUAUCAAAGAACCCUACCCAAGUCCCCUGUGGAACCUGCCCCCAUUGAUUCAUGCAGAGCAUCUUUGCUACCCAUGAAAGUUCUGCUCCAGUUCUUCAUAUUUUCAUUAC